GGAAGUCCAGGCAUGAAUAGACUCACUUGCAUACAGUGCCAGUAGCGCAUUAAUUGUCACAUUAAUUACUUUGUAGGUUCAAAACUUUAUAGUAAACUUAAGAUUAUCUGUGUAAUAUUUCUCAUCCUUAUAGCUUUAAUUACAGCCUGACCAUUUUAACCUGUUAAUUUUAACCUAAAAUUAUUAAUGUGUUCAUUGUGCUUGAAAUUACUCUGCUAUCUCUUAGAUAAGGAGGUCGCUCAUUGACAGAAUCAUUCCAUGUUUCGCUUGCAUAGCUGUGGAAAACAAUGAUUUCUUCUCUCUACGCACCCUCCUAGAGAAGAUGGAUGCAAAUUGUGGAACCUAUGACAAUGUCACGCCGCUUCAUACAGCCUGUGAGUUGGGGAACUUAGAUAUGAUCAAGUUCCUCCUAGCAAAGGGAGCAUCUCCUCAUAAGGUGAACCGUUUUGGACAAUGCCCAUUUUACAUGGCCAUUAAGAACAGGCGUUGUCAUGCUGUCAAACUUCUGCACUUGAAAGAAGUCACUGUUAAUUUGCACCCUGUGAGAAUUGCAGUGGAAAUGAUCCAAGCGGUACAGAACAGAGAUUACCAUUUGCUGCAUGCCUGGGCUCUAUCAGGGGUCGACAUGGACAGUAAAGACUAUGACGGACGCACAGUAAUGCACGAGGCAGUUUAUCUGAGAGACAAGUCCAUGAUCACCAAACUACUGGAAUAUGGAGCCACACCACUGGAGAAAGAUGUGUGGGGACAGACAGCUGUGGAUAAUGCUCAAAAUGAGACUGCAAUCAUGGCUCUUUUUGACCCUCUUUUCACAGUGUGUUGCUCCACUAAAGAGGCUUACCUGCUGUUUAAGGCAAAUCGUGCACAAAGAUGAAAAAAAGUAGUCUUUUUGUCAGCGUCCUUAUUAAUUAUUCUCUAUUUGUGACUUUUUCACACUCUGCUAUUGUUGUGUAUUUGUAGGAGGAAAAUAAAUACACUACUAAUAAAUAAUAUUAAACUAUUAAUAAUACUAAUACAUUUAUAGCCUACUACCAAGUGUGUUAUGCGGUUGGGUUAUGGUGCACA